CUGCCAAUCUCACUAUGAAGAGCUGGUUAGAAGCCAGCGGUAUGGAGGAUGGAUCACUGCCGUGCAUGCUCGCUGAAACUCGUGAAGCCCUGCUUCCUAUAACAGGUUGUGAGAACAUGGCACCUAGAAAACGGUACGACAGCUAUAGUGACAGAUCCUUAGAGCCUUGCGCGGUGUCCGAGGAGGCGUAUUUAUCCAGCGGAGCCGGGUCUCCAUACGCCGGUUUAUCCAGAGAAGAAAGGCGAAGAAGACGACGAGCCACACUCAAGUAUCGUACAGCACACGCAACUAGAGAAAGAAUUCGCGUUGAAGCAUUCAAUGCUGCUUUCGCGUCACUUCGUAGACUUCUGCCGACCCUACCACCAGAUAAAAAGCUGUCCAAAAUUGAAAUUCUCCGCUUAGCUAUAUGUUACAUCGCAUAUCUAAACCAUGUUCUAGAUGCGUGAUUUUUUUUUAAUUUUGUAUCAGAUAUGGGUUGUUAAUUACUUCCGAUAAGCAUUCAUAAUAUGUUAAAUUACAAUUUGUA